AUGGCGCGCUUCGUGCCUCGCGAUUCCUUUACCGUACCCUCGUCCAUUCCCAAGACGUACUUCCUGGGCCACCACCUUGCCGGCGCCAACAAGAUCCGGUCGAUCCUCUCGAGCAUAUCGCUCGUCAUCGAAUGCCGCGACUUCCGCCUGCCUCUGUCGACGCAGAACCCCACGCUGGAGCGAAGCGUGGCCGGGCGCGAGCGCCUCCUCGUGUACACAAAGUCCGACCUGGGGACCGACACGCCCGGCGCGAAGCCGCUGCUGCGCCGGCUGCACGGCGACGACAACGUGGUCUUCUGGGACAAGACCAGGCCCGCGACCACGGGCGCUCUGCUCGCGCGGCUCAAGCGCGCCGCGCGGGAGCAGGACUCGCUGACGGGCCUGCGGGCCCUGGUGGUCGGCGUGCCCAACGUCGGCAAGAGCACCUUGCUCAACGCCCUGCGGAGCGCCGGCGGCGCGGCGGGCGGGGGCAAGAAGGCAAAGGCGGCCAGGACGGGCGACCAGGCCGGCGUGACGCGCAAGGUCGGCACGGCCGUCCGCGUCGUGGCGGCCGAGGACGCGGGCGGCGUGGCGGGCGGCGUGUUCGUCCUGGACACGCCGGGCAUCUUUCAGCCCUACGUGGGGGACGGCGAGACCAUGAUCAAGGUCGCUCUCGCGCACGGCAUCAAGAAGGGCCUGAUUCCGGACGAGGUCCUCGCCGACUACCUGCUCUAUCGGAUGAACCGGUGGGAUCCCAGCUUGUACGGGCGCUAUUGCGAGCCCACCAACGAUGUCAACGACUUCUUGACGGCUGUGGCGAGGCGCGACGGGAAGCUCAAGCCCGGCGGGCUGCCGAACUGGCAAGAGGCUGCGGCGCGGAUCCUCUCCCAGUGGCGGGAGGGGAAGCUGGGGCGAUUUGUGCUGGACGAGCUCGGGGAGGCCGGCAUCCGCAACCACGAGCUGCUGCUGGCGCAGCCGGCCUUGAGUUUGCAUCAGGCUAGGAAGGCACAAAAGGAGGCGAGAAAGGCCCGGGACGCAGGGGACUAG